AUGGCACACCGACACAAAUUUGGCCAGAAGACCCCGCCGUUGUAUAAAUACAUACAGGACAUUCUCAUAAAGUAUCCAGACGGGGGCCAGAUUCUGAAGGAGUUGAUCCAGAACGCCGAGGAUGCCGGAGCCAGCGAGGUGCGAUUUCUGUACGACCAGACCCAGUACGGGGAAAAGACACUCCGCUCUCCCAAGCUGGUGCCGUGUCAGGGCCCGGCCUUGUGCGCUUAUAACGACGCCUGCUUCACCGAGGAGGACUGGGAAAAUAUCCAGAACUUAUCCAUGAGCGUGAAGAAAGGCGACCCCAUGAAGAUAGGUCGGUUUGGGCAGGGAUUCAACUCCGUGUACCAUCUUACAGAUCUGCCCAUGAUCCUGAGUGGAAGCCGUGUCGCCAUACUGGAUCCACACAAGAACAUCUUUCUUAUAGACGGCGAAUUGCAGAGCGGCUGCGAUUGGCAUUUGAUAGACGAUGCUGAGGAGAUGGAGCGCCUACAAGACCAGUUCUCUCCUUUUAAGAACCUCUUUGAGUUUGAAGGUGCCGAAGAUCCUUUCAAAACCGGAUUCUUCGAUGGCACGAUCUUCAGGUUUCCCUUGAGACAGAAGCCGUCAAAAAUCUCUGCGACCCUCUACGAUGAUGGCAAGAUUGUGGACUUGUUCGACUCUUUCAAGUCAGAUGGCGACAUUGUCCUGCUGUUCCUGCAUCACGUACGGUCUGUCAAGCUGAUUUCCAGAAAAGAUUCGGGUCAAAGCGCCACAGAGUACCGCGUUUCCAUGAGCAACCCAUCUGAACAUGAAAGGGCCUCCCGUUUCCACGCCGACGUGGAAAAAGCUCUGAAGGUACCAGUAGACAACCGAGAGACCAUCGUCAAUACAUGUCGAUUCUCAAUGACAGUAGACGGUCUACCUACCCAAGACUGGCUCGUCACAAACUACGUGAAGGGACGGGGGAUCUCAGAAGAGGCACAGAAGCUGUCCGAAGAGCUGAGCUUGCUCCCGUGGGUGGGAGUGGCGAUGCCGAUGGCCGCUGGUGGAGGCAGGAAGCUUGACGGGCGGACGUUCUGCUGCCUGCCGCUGCCUGAAGAACCGUCGCUGUCCACCGGCCUGCCUGUCCACGUGCACGGCUUCUUCGGCGUCAGCGACAACAGGAGGAGUCUGAAGUGGACAGGGACGGACCAGAAGAGCGACUCUGCGGCGAAGUGGAACGAGGUUCUGGUACGUGAGAUCCUGCCGUCUGCCUACGCCCGCCUCGUCACGGACGCCACGCACUGCUGUGACAGAGACGCCCUCUACCGGGCGCUCCCGGACAUGCACCACACUGCUCAGCACUGGAAACCAGCUCUCCGACCGUUCUUCAACAUUGUACUCAACCAGAAGGUUGUGUGGACACCUGCAAACGAUGGAAAGUGGAUCACCCCGAAAGACGCAGUCUUCAAUAGGACGUCUGUUUCAACUGCGGUUCUAGACUACUUGGUCGGUGCCGGACUAGAUGUGGUGGAGCUGCCGAAACACGUCAUGCAGGCAGUCGACCACACCUUCUCCCGCUCCUCUCUCAACGAAGUCACUCCGGAGCUGCUGAGAACAACCAUGAAGAGAACGGGCGUGCAAAACUGGCUGAGAGAAUACAAACUGGCCUGGCUAGAGUACGCGCUCGACGAUAAGAAGUAUGCCGCAAUGGAAGGGAUCGAACUCCUUCCGUUGGCCGACAAGACUUUCACUACAUUUUCAACAAAACACGACAAAACAAUCUUCAUCGACUCUGAGGAGCAUCCCAGGACCCUUCUCCCGGGUCUCAGUGGGCGAUUCCUGGAUACGGACAUCGACAACCCUACCCUACACCACCUGCAGAAGGCCGCGAGAGAGGCAGAGGGAAAAGCACGCACCGGCCAGCCCUGCCUCCAACUACGUCAUCUCACCCCGCAGCUUGUUGCCAGUCACCUGAGAGACGCACUGCCGCCUGAUUGGUUACAGGUAAGUCACGUGACUUGGUACCUCGGCGCGCGUUCACAGCAGCCCUCCGCGGAUUGGUUACCCCAACUAUGGCAGUAUCUAAAAGCUCACUUUGCCGAAGAUCUCAGUCCCUUCGUCGGCCUCCCUAUCCUCCCCGUAGUCGGGACGAAUGCGACUCAUAUGGUCCGACUCGAACAGCCCUCGACGGUCAUCCGUCCCAAAUAUGGUGAAACGACGAUGCCUGACGUCAUCAAGAACCUUGUUCGUGACGUGGGCGCGAAGGUGCUCGAGGGCGAACCGCCUUACCUGAACCACCCGAGGCUUGAGGAGUUUAUUCACCGCUGUACCCCACAAGGGCUGCUGAGGCUUCUGAUUGCCGUCGGGGCGGACAAAGUUGUCCCAAAAGUUGGCGCGUUGAGCGCCGAAGCUAAAGGCGCGUUGCGGGCUUUCUUUGCCAAGGGGGACAGUCUUCACGACACGGAGCGCAGACUGCUGGCCAAACUGCCCAUCUUUGAAGCUGUCGAUGAUUCAAACUUGAAACCAAGAUACCUGGCAGCCUUGGGUCCCGGAGGGAACAUGCGACAGAUCGCUCCAGACCUCACUACUGACCCACUCACUAAAGGUCUAUCCUUUCCCACAACCCUCAUCGUCACUAGAGACCUGGAAUCACAGACGAUUGGGCAGCUUCUUGGACUCCAACAUUUGAGUACAACAGAGCUUUUGGCGGGGAUGAUAGAGAAGGUUCGCCGCGGCGACUACACCACAGAACAGACGGACUCUCUCAUGCUGUGGAUUCUCAAGAGGCUCCAUACCUUACAGGCAACGGGCACGGACCCGAGCAUCCUUAAGAAAAUCCAAACUUUGCCAUUCGUGACAAGCAACAGCAACACCAAAGUGGCCCCGACCGAGCUGUUCAGCCCGGAAGAGACGGACUCUGGUGUGUUACUGGGCGAACCAGUCUUCCCAGGACCUCCCUACGCAGAGAAGGCUAUACUGGCACCUCUGCUGCUGCUUGGAAUGCGACAAAAGGUUUCUGCACAGGACAUUCUACGCAGUGCUAAGAACGUACAGACCUUCUAUGAUUCUGGAAAGUUGACCCUGCCUGAUACAAAACGAAAGGCCGCUAAAAUCGUGUCUGUUCUUGAUCACAGGAUGUUGACGACUCUCGUGAAAGGCGUGUUCCUUAAAACUGCACUCAUGGACGUGAGCUUCUUACCGGUCUGCUCAGAGAGACCCAGCUCCUAUCUGCCAGGGCUACAGUGGUAUCCUGAGGCAAACAACGCCGCGUUUGUAAGCCCAAGAGAUGCUCGAGGUUCGGAGUGUGCAGAGCUCGUCGGCGCGACCAUGCCGAUUGUUGAUGACGGGAGGAUAUCUGCUGAUUUUAUCUCUGCUUUCGGAUGGGACAAGGACAGACUGCCGAUCAAGAAAGUCGUCGAGCAACUCAAAACAUUAUGCAUCCACUACAGAGAGUCAACACGUCCUGACAAGCACCGUGUUGUACAGAUGUUGACGAAAAUCUAUCAACACAUCGACGCCAGGUUGGCAGCAGGAGAGACAUCGGCCUCGGCUGCCCUGCGGUUACUGUCAUCCCCAGGUUUCCCUCCUUGGGUCUGGCAGGGUGACGGUCUGGCAGCAGCGAACGCAGUGGCGCUGACCUCCCCAUUCAACUUCAGCCUGGCACCUUACAGAUUCAUUCUGCCAGAGGAUCCGGAGUUCCGCGACUUCGAGCAGAUGUUCAAAGGCGCUGGCGUCAAAGAGAGCCUUAAUCAAACGGACCUGGUGGAAACGUUGCAAGAAAUUAAUCAACAAUCCACGCCAAAGAUGUCAACAGAAGUAGAAAGAGAUCUGAAGUUAUCCGUGGACAUCAUAGGCUGGUUAGUCCACGACCCAGACAUCCAUGGAGAGGUGCAAGAGAGGAUGUUGGUUCCCAUAGCAACGAAGGACAGCACUUGUGUGGUGCUGGAACCCGUGAGCGAGUGCACGUACAACGAUGAAUCUUGGAGCGAUGCGCAGGACAUACUCGAUGAGGAUGAGGGAUUCAAGCUUCUCCACGAACUGAUACCGUUAGACACAGCACAACGACUCGGGGUGCCGUCUCUCAGCCAGCGAGUCGUCGAUGCCGAGGAAUUUGGGUUCGACCAGUGUGGGCAGUACGAGAAAGUCACACAGCGUCUCAAGAACAUAUUGAAUGACGACCCCGGGGGUGCUGGGAUCUUCAAAGAACUCAUUCAAAACGCGGACGACGCCAGAGCAACGGAAGUGAAGUUCCUUGUCGACUGGCGGAAGAACGAAGAAUCCAGAAAGGAUCUGAUCGACAAAGGCAUGGAGGUGUGCCACGGACCGGCGUUGUGGGCGUACAACAACGCCACGUUCAGUGAGGAGGACUUCAAGAAUAUCCAGAACCUAGGAGGGCAAACAAAACUGGAGGCCCUUGAGAAGGUGGGCAGAUUUGGGGUUGGCUUCAAUUCUGUGUACCUUGUUACAGACGUCCCGAGUUUUGUGAGUGGAAGUCGAGUCAUGUUCUUUGACCCACACGCCACGCACCUCUCAAAACACAUCAAAGACAAGUCUAAACCGGGAAUCGGACUUGACCUGCAGAAGAACAAAAGGCUGGCAAGGUUCAUAAACCAGUUUAAACCGUUCCAGGGUGUCUUUGGUUACAGCACCAGUACUCCCUACCGCGGAACUCUGUUCAGGCUCCCGUUAAGAACACCACAGGAAGCAGCCGUAAGCGAGAUUAGCGCCGAGUCGUACAGUACGCCUGACAAUAAAAACUUGAAAAAGGUAACCGAAAGCUUCAAGGAAGGCCUGAAAUCUCUCAUACUCUUCACCCAGAAUGUCAGACAAGUAACGAUGUACACCCUGGAUGAGUCCGAAGACCCUUCGAGCAUGGUUGAAACGCUCCAUGUCUCAAAGUCACCCGUGAAAUAUUUGCGUGAAAUGCAGAUUCAGUCGCCUUCUCACAGUCACAAAAUGACUGACAAAUUCCAAUUCCAAAGCAACUGUCUGUUGGCGACGUCGGAAGUCGUGAAACGCCAAGGAACCAUCAAGACGAAUUCGAAGGACUGCCUGGAAACAUCAAUGAUUGUCAAAGUAACCUGCCGACAAAAGGAGGGCAAAGACAUGAGUGAGGAGUGGAUCAUAUCGUCCUGCAUGGGUACAGAAAUGUCCGAGAGAGGGAAGACUGAAGGACUUGUUCCAUGCGGCGGUGUGGCAGCGUUGCUGAAGUCAAGUGAUGGCAGCCAUCAGGGCGCCUCCAAGGAUAGCCAUCCCCCAAGCGGAGAGGUGUUUUGCUUCCUACCCCUGUCUAUAAGAACAGACCUGCCUGUCCACGUGAAUGGCAGUUUUGCUGUGGCAUCCAAUCGCGGAGGACUGUGGGAGGAGACGAGCACCGACCCGAACGACCAGAAGGUGGAGUGGAACAAGGCUCUUAUGGAGGACGCUGUGUGCAAGGCCUACAUCACCAUGCUUCUAGACCUUAGUGACAUGGCAAAGAAAGGGCUGCUACUUGACAUACUAACUCCCUAUCAGUACCACAGAUUUUGGCCUAACCCCCGUCACAUUACGGGCACCUCACACUACAGCGUCCUUGUGAGAGCUUUCUACGAUGCCUUGACAUCGCAUGGUACACCACCGCCUCUGUUUGAGUCUGGGGGACAGUGGUUGAGUUUCACAUCGGCAGUAUUCCUUGACCCUGGAAUCGCGUUUAACUCAUGUGAAAACGUUGCCGCCAGGAGGGCACUGCAGCAGUGUCUUCCAGACUACACUGUCGUUGAGCUUCCCGAAUGGGCACAGCAAGGAUUCGAACAGGCCGGCUGUGCCAAGCUUCUCUCCGAUCACACAUACACAGAGGAGAGAUUCUACCGCAAACUGUUCUUCCCCAUGAUACACGAACUCUCUAACAAAACACGGGACCCCCUGAUGCUCCGUAUUUUAGGCAGGGAAAACGGAGAAUACCAUGACUUAAUCCGAACCACAGCCUGCAUUCCCACCAGCCCAAGAGGACAAGAACUGUCCUGCCCUGGAGACCUCAUACACCCCGAUGGGAAACUCUCUGCGAUGUUCCUGCCCGAGGAUCAGAGGUUUCCACAUGGUUCCAAAGACACCGCCUACCUGAAACCUUCCCGUCUGCAGGUGUUGACAGAACUGGGCAUGUGUAAGGAUGACGCGCCGUGGGAUGUCGUCAUAGAACGUGCAGAGUCGGUAGUUCGCUUGAACGAGGUCAAUCAGAAUGCAUCUCGCAAGCGAAUCGUCGCCCUGCUAGACUUCAUCGAUGAGAAAACGAGGGACAAAAGAGACAAGAAAGGACAGCAGCAGGCAGGAAAGCAAUUGUCCACCAUCCCAUUUCUACCAAUCAUGCAAAAGGCCCAUGAAUGGCCCUUUGACUGGAAAGGUUCUGAGUACCCUGCAUAUGCCCUGCUUUCUGCCGCUGAACUUCAGCCGAGCAAGAACGUUGUGAUUGCAGGCGUCUCCUGUCCGAUAAUGUGCAGUAGAAUUGUCACAACAAGGAAGGGGAGACACAGCAGCACCUACACAGUGCCACACAGCCUUAGCAGCUUUCUUGGUCUGGAAGACAAACCCCCAAACCUAUCUGAGACCCUGACAAACCUUAUGGCUAUCGUCGCCGUUGACAUGAAGACUCUCUCGAAGGAAGGUUUGGAUUGCACGAAAAAAACGUACCUCAAAACAUGUCAACACCUCCAGAAGCUUUGUAAAGGGUCAAAAUGCAAUGAGAAUGAGAUAGCUACAAGGCUGUCCAAGACUCCGUUCAUCAUGAUCAUGAGCCAGACGGCGAAGAGAUUUCUCCUCCCGUCAGACGUGUCCUUUGGCUUGAAGUUCUCUUGUGCGCCUUACCUGUACCGCGUACCGGACGAACUGGCCACAGAACUUAGACCUCUCCUUUUGGUCUGCAAAGUCAAGAAAACGUUUGAAGCCUGCGACUUCAUUCGUGCACUUGACCACCUGAAGGAAGACAGAGGAAACAAAACGCUAGAAUCUCAUGAAGUCAACCUGGCGUUGGCACUGUUAAAGGCAGCGAGCGACCUGGAGGAAGAAGACAUCCAAAAGCGUAGCCUUUGGAUCCCGGAUGAGAGUGGGGUGUUGCGUAGGCCUUCUGGGGUAUGUUACAAUGACUGUGCCUGGAUUAAACAGAAGGAAGGUAUGGUGUUCUGCCAUAAAGGCUUGGCGAGAGACUUAGCUGUGGACAAGUUGGGAGUGAAGCCGGUACGACACAAGUCGCUGGAGGCCUACUCACACAACCUGUCUUGUUUUGGCACUGAUUUCGGCCAGGUGGAACAGUUGACCAACAGAAUCAAAAACUUACUGGAUGCUUACCCCUUCGGUAAGGAGAUCCUGAAGGAACUGCUGCAAAAUGCCGACGACGCCGGAGCAACAGAAAUCCAAUUCGUGUUCGACAAGCGUCAUCACGGCACCAAGUACAUCUUCGACGACGCCUGGAAGGACCUGCAAGGGCCUGCCCUGUGUGUUUACAACAACAGACCUUUCACGGAGGAAGACCUGACCGGCAUACAGAACCUCGGAAAGGGCAGUAAGGGGCAAGAUCCGGUAAAGACGGGAAAGUAUGGAGUCGGCUUCAACGCGGUCUACCACCUGACGGACUGCCCGUCCUUCAUGACAGGGGGAGACACACUGUGUGUUUUCGACCCGCAGCUUCGCUUUGUCCCAGGAGCGAAACAAGAGUGCCCGGGACGCAUGUUACGGGACAUCGACGCCGAACUGAGAGAGCAAUACAAGGACGUGUUUGGUUGCUAUCUCAAGGACCAGGCUGAGUUUUCGUCUCCAGACAGCACCAUGUUCAGAUUCCCUCUACGCACGGCGACCAUGGCAGAGGGCUCCGAAAUCAGCAACAAAGAAGUGACAGAGAAAACAAUCCUGGAACUCAUAGAUACAUUUAAAGAGGAAAGCUUUGAGGUCCUUCUGUUCCUCAACAGCGUGGAAAAGAUCAAGAUCUCCAUCAUUGAGACAGACGGAACCUCCAAAGAGGUCUAUCACGCUGAAGCAAUCAUUUCGGAGGAGGCAAAGCAAGAUCGAAGAGAAUUUGCCGACUACGUGGCUGAAUGCGCUCAUAGUGAAGAGCCUCUUGAAGAAUUGGCAACUCACCAUGUCACGUACAACCUGGACUUACGUGACAACAGUCAGCACCAGGAGAGCUGGAUAGUUCACCAGAGAAUCGGAUUUGAGGACAAGGACAUUCCAAACAGCAUCAAAGAGGCCCACGCAUCAAGCGAGUUGGGUCUACUUCCUAGAGGGGGAGCAGCUAUCUGCCACAAACACUGCAAACAGCCUGCUAUAUCAAAGGCUCAUCAUCAAUCAGAGAGUGAUCAAAAGUGUUAUCAUAUGGGGCCCAAACGUGCAUUUUGCUUCCUGCCACUCCCCAUAGACACAAAGCUCCCGGUCCACGUGAAUGGCCAUUUCGCCCUGGACCACGAGGCUCAGAGAAACCUGUGGAAAGACGAGAAAGGCGGGAUGAAGUCGGACUGGAACAAGACGCUGAUCAAAGAAGUCAUCGCUCCGGCGUACGCUGCGGUGCUCGAUGCGAAACGAGCAGCUGACUUUGACGAAGAACAGAAACAAUCAUCAGCGCCAAAGGCACAGAACGUCUACAAAUCACUGGAGUCAUAUCACAGUCUCUUUCCGUCCGUCUCAAAAACGGCUGAUCAGUGGAACGACCUGUCGAUAGCUUUCUACCAGCACAUCGAACGCGAACAUCUUCGUCUUCUGCCAGUUUUACGGUCUACAGCAGAUGAUUGCAGACCCAAUGAUGGCGAGCCAUUAAACAGCAGCCACAAUCAUAUGGCAUUAGAAUGGCUACCUCCAACAGGAGCUGGAAAAGAUGAGGCAUUUUUCAACACAUUGGAGUACAGAGAUGCUGGGAGCACAGAGAGCGAUAAAAAGCCCAGAAGACAGGUCCUGAAAGAGACCCUCCUGGCUUUAGGGUUUAAGCUGCUAGCCAGUCCAAACGAAAUUCUUGACGCUUUUCAGGAAGCUGAAGUUGACGUCAAAGAAGUCAAGCCGGAAUCAGUGGUCAACUUUCUUCAGACGUACGCAGACGACGACCCAUUGUGUCGUAUUGGAGCGUCGCUUCCUGCCCAGCUGUCCAGCACAAGUUUCAAAGAACCAGAGAACGUUCAAGUGGCCCUUCAUUACUGUUUGUCAUCUACAAUAGACAAAAACAAGGAACACAAACUACAUGGCGUUCCUUUGCUUCUGACGUCAGACAAAAUCCUGAGAGUCUUUGAUCUUUCUAACCCCGUGUUUGCCACAAAAUUCGCGAACCUCGUCCCAAGUGCGCCACAUUUGUUUGUAGACCGGUCGUGCCUCUCGGACCUACAACGUCAAUAUACUGAUAAGUCAGUUCUUUCCUUCGAUGUCGAGGCUUUGUCCAGCCUGCUGCCACUUGAACUGAACGAGAGUAAAUUGAGACAGGGGAACACUGUUGAAUGGAACCAGUCUCCCCCUCAAUACUGGAUAUAUCGUCUUUGGCAAUUCCUCGAUCAUGAAAUGCCAAAGAAGGAGUCAGACCAAGACACGUACCUUUCGACGAUCAAAACUUUGUUUGGAAACUGGGCUGUCUUGCCGGCUUGCACACAUUCACCGACGAUGGGACGUUACGAUGCCUCGACCUUCUCAACCUACGAUAGAAUCCCUAUGGUGCAAUCAGGGAAAACGUACAUGGUCCCACUGGGCGAGGCACACACUGUGGUGACGUUUGAUGUUAGAGCCCCAUCUUUACAGCAGAUCAAGGUGGCGAAAGCUAUGCGCAAGCUCCAUUGCCUUGAGCUGAACAUACAUAGUCUCCGUGCACCCCCGGACCGUCCAUUCAACGCCAAACCUACACAGUUGGCAAGACGUUUUGUCUCAUCUCUCACAAACCACGUAGGGAUUCUAAGAGUCUUGACUUCCCUUUUCGAUGCGCAAAGAGCCGCCACUUCAACACCUUUAGACGCUGACGACGCUACGGAACUGCUGAAGUAUUUUGAGGAAGAAGUAGACAAGCUCAAAACUGAGGAAGCGAAUUUGGACAUGUUGCGAUCCUUGCCCUUGUACAAAACAAUCCACGAGAAACUCAUCAGCCUCCGCACCACAAUACAGUGCCACGUGUUACCGGCGGGAAUCCCAACAGCCGACAUGGAUGAGUGGAUAAACCGGUCAGGCGCUGUCUUCUUGGAGGGAAACCACAGCCUCAAGAAGCUACAUACGGCCUUGGGGUGUUCAAGAAUCACAGAUGCCGAGGUGUACCGACAGUACAUCUUCCCAAACAUGGACCACCUGAGUGAUGAGGCAGUGAAGGAGCACCUUGAGUACCUAAGACAGAUGUUGAUUAGUAUGGAUACAGUGGAGAAGCAUGCACGUACGCGUGAAUCUUUGUUGGCAAGCCUACGACAUCUACGAAUCAUCCCAUCGGAAGGAGGCAGAAAGCCCGUAAGUGAUUUCUACGACGACGGCCAUCCCGUAUUCCGUGAAAUGGUCUCAGACGAAAACUUCCUUCCUGAAUACUAUCGAACGGGAAUGUGGAAAAAGUUCUUCGUCGAAAUCGGGAUUAUUCACAAGGUAAAGAAUGAAUUGUUCCUGCAGUAUGCAAGGAAAGUAGAAAACCUGGCCAGAGUAACCAGGAGCAAAGAGAGUCGCUUGACAGAGAAAUCAAACGUUUUGGUCGAGCACUUCUUCACCACGAAGACUUUGUCGGAAGGAAGUUUCAUCAAAGAAGUGUCUGGUAUCCGGUUCAUUGCACCUGUAGAGGCACGUCCUGAUCUGGUGAAACUGCAUAGUCAACAUGGAGCCAAUGGCGACGUCUUGCCCUUUGUAUGCUUCAAGGACUCUGUGCCGGAGCACAAACAAGAACUUUGCUGGACAAGGGCGAAUCUUCUGCCCAACAGCGUGAUCCAAAAGUUGCAGUACCAAGGAGAUUCCAAGGCUUUGUGUCGUCAACUUGGCAUCCAAGUACAGCCAUCAAUGGACACCGUUACAAACCACGUCACCUGCCUUUGCCAACAUUUGGCUCAUCAAAAAAACACGGAGAUGGAAGAGGGAGCAAACUCGCCCUCAGCUUGCAAAGCUCUUUGGAAAGUGAUGCUGGAAGUCUACAAGUUCCUUUCAAAGAAAGCCUCUGAGGGCGGUUCGUUGAAGAAGAAAUUAGGGAACGUCCCCUGCAUGGCGGUUGAAGAGGGCAGAAGACUUGUUCGACCAGAGCAAGUUGCUAUCAAUCUCGACCAAGAACACGAGAUUCGGCCAUACCUAUAUGGUAUGCCCAUAGAGCUUGGGCAAUACCACAAGCUUUUUGUCUCAUUAGGGGCUACAGAAAAACCAACGCCAAUGCAAUACGCAAAGGUUCUGGAAGCGCUGUAUGUCUCAUCUGGAGGCCAACCCUUGAACCCCAACGAGAAAACUGCAACCUACAGCGCCAUUUUUGGACUGUUUCGUUGCCUGAAGCCUGAGUCAUCCAUUCAGUUUGGAAAAGGAAAACCCUACAAAACACGAGAAGUGGAGGAUUCCUUUCACAAAUUACAGUGUCUGUACCUCCCUAGUCGCGAGAGCAGGCUGCUCAAAUCUGCAGAACUUGUAUUUGACGAUACCCCACAUUUCACAGACAGAGUCAAGGACGGCUUCAACUACCCUAUCCUGGUUCGCUUGGAGAACUGCCGCUUGUUUGCUGAUGAGCACGAACUGAUCGAUCGACUACCAUCUCAUCUCAGGCCCAAGAAUCUUAGCUCCCUCGUACAAGAACAACUUUGUGACGAAGACGAGCAAAUGACUUGCACGAUGGGCGCCAAUUGCGUACUGGAGUCAAGACUAGCGUCGUUAUUCUUGAGCACGUACUUUCGACAUGCCAUAGUUCGUCUAUCGAAACAUGCCCUUGGCGAAAGAUGCGACGACAAGAAGGUCAUCGCUGCAGUAGAAAAGUUUGUGUCGUCCGUUACUGUCUGCUGUAAACGAAAACUAAUCACUUGCCUUGUGUACAAGGAAUCACAGGAUCGGAUUGAAGACAGCGAGGGCACGUCUUACUGUUUCAUCAAAGACAACACCCUAUACGUGGCACAUACAGACGCAGCGUCUGAAGAGCAUGAGUCUUUUCUGUGUGAGCUAACGGAGGUCAUCAACGAUGGUCUUGGGCGUCCACUCGUAAACCUUGUGCACCUCGGGAUGGUUUUGAGUGUCAAAGAUCCAUCUGACAUUCCCAAGAAACUUGACAGGGCAAAGAUAAAGCGGUACACUUCGGGUGAGCAAGAUGACUCCCCCCUUCCUACCCUCGGCACUCCCAUUCCGGAAAUCUAUCACCACCUCCUGACGAGCAACCCAGCCCACUACUUCACGCCUGGCGACUAUGUGGGGUUUGAGGUUUACGAUACAGACUUCGAGACGGAUUCAGAAGAGGAGGAGAAAGAGUACACCAUGACGUUCCUGUACGCACAGGUCAUCAAAGAGGAGCCGACAGACACUGAACUCAAGUUCAAUAUGGGCAGGGAGUAUGUCAUAGAUGUCGGAUACAAAAAAACAGUUAGUGCGGUGGACCUCUACAAGUUUUGCCGUCCCUAUGUACCGGGUCCGCUCGUCCCGUACGAAGGGGAGACAGGCAAAGACGAUGCUUCAGCAGCCAAACCUCCUCAGAGCCUUGAAGACGCGAUGGAAGAGGUCAGCAACAUCUUGGAGGAAGCAUGGAAGCUGCCAGGAAAGGAGAGAAAGAAGGUUGUGAGACGCCUCUACCUCCAAUGGCAUCCGGAUAAGAACCCUGACAACGUCGAGCUGGCUACCGAGGUGACCAAACAUAUCCUGGCCGAGAUCAGCAGGCUUGAGAAGGGCCUUCCUAGGAGGACGAAAGGAGGGGAUGGGUCUGGAGGUGGCGACUUUGAUUUCGGAGGCAGCAGCUUCAGUAGUUCCUUCACCAGGUGGAACGCCUACGCCGGGUACCAUCGCCACCAGAGGGAGCAGUUCCACGAGCGGUACCGGGGCGGGGACUUCAGCGGCUGGCGGACCGGCUCGGGCCAGUGGGUCCCGCCUAGAUCGGACGGAGGCGGCUUCCCCAACCCGCGGGAGGCGGCUCGCUGGCAUCGCCAGGCUGCAGCAGACCUACGAGCCGCUAGGAGCAACCUGAGUGGCCCCGACGCCUCCUACGAGUGGACGUGUCUGAUGUGCCACCAGGCGGCAGAGAAAGCUCUCAAAGCUGUGCAACUGGGAAAGUUCGGCAGGUACGACAUGAUCCACCGCAUAGGCGACAUGGGGAGGGCACUAGAGGCCAGCUGCGGGGGGAAACUGGCGGGACUCGGCGAUGCCGCCAUGGAGCUGUCGUCCCUCGGCUCGUACCCUGGGUGUGAUGACGUGUACCUGAGGGCCCGCUACCCCAACCUCCACCCAGCACCGAGAGUUCCUCACGACGCGUUCACCCGUCAGCACGCGGAAAGCGCCGUCCGCCUGGCGCAGUCUAUACUGGACAAGACGGAGGACGUAUCAAACUAACAAACUAACCUACUCACCAAGCAGAUAUUUCACCCGUCAGCACGUGGAAAGCGCCGUCCGCCUGGCUCACUCUAUACUGGACAGGACGGAGGACGUAUUAAACUAACAAAGUAACCUACUCACCAAGCAGAUGUUUCACCCGUCAGCACGCGGAAACCGCCGUUCGCCUGGCUCAGUCUAUACUGGACAGGACGGAGGACGUAUUAAACUAACAAAGUAACCUACUCACCAAGCAGAUAUUUCACCCGUCAGCACGUGGAAAGCGCCGUUCGGCUGACGCAGACUAUACUGGAUAUGACACGGAGUACUGAUGUAGAUUUGUCUACAACAGCAAGUAGAUCAUUACUUUGACCAGUAAGAUUUAUUAUUCUUAGACCCUAACCUAAAACUUAACCUGCUCCGAUGUACUUAGACUAUUCUAGGCGACCGACCGAUGUCGUAGUUUACGGUGUGGAAUUCAAAUACUGCUUUGUUAAUUGUCGUGAACGUUUGAAAUACAUUUUUGUUCAUGUGUAUAUAUUGGGUGACAACACUCUUAUAUCUAGAACUGCAUUUGUAAUACUGCAGCAGCGACACCUAUCUGUAGUGGCUCAGACUAUACUGGACAGGACACAGGUUGUACUAAAGUAACAAACCUAAUCUCCUAACAGGUGGUCACGUUUCGACCUAUUAUUGACGUGUU